UACCCUCACUUCCGGGUCGGCCAUCUUGGGCGCCGCUCGGCGGGCGUUGGGGGCGGGCUCGGCCCGGGCCGGAGCGGCCAGCGCGCACCGCGGCCCGCGCCAUGGCGGACUUCGACAGCAAUCCCUUCGCCGACCCGGACCUCAACAACCCCUUCAAGGAUCCUUCUGUUACACAAGUGACAAGAAAUGUUCCUCCAGGGCUAGAUGAGUACAAUCCUUUCUCUGAUACAAGAACACCUCCUCCAGGAAAUGUGAAAAUGCCUAAUGUACCCAGUACCCAGCCAGCAAUAAUGAAACCAACAGAAGAACCAGCUGCUUACACACAAAUUGCAAAGGAGCAUGCCUUGGCCCAGGCAGAACUGCUAAAGCGUCAAGAAGAACUGGAGAGAAAAGCAGCUGAACUGGAUCGCAGAGAAAGAGAGAUGCAGAGUCUCAAUCAGCAGGGGGGUAGAAAAAAUAACUGGCCACCUCUUCCUGAGAAUUUUCCAGUAGGUCCUUGUUUCUACCAGGACUUCUCUGUAGACAUUCCUGUAGAAUUCCAGAAGACAGUGAAGAUUAUGUACUAUUUGUGGAUGUUCGAUACACUGACACUGUUUCUUAAUAUCUUUGGAUGUUUGGCCUGGUUUUACGUUGAUGCUACGCGAGGGGUUGAUUUUGGAUUGAGUAUUCUCUGGUUCUUGCUUUUUACCCCUUGUUCUUUUGUCUGCUGGUACAGACCACUUUAUGGAGCUUUCAGGAGUGACAGUUCAUUCAGGUUCUUUGUGUUCUUCUUUGUAUAUAUCUGUCAGUUUGCUGUGCAUGUACUUCAAGCUGCAGGAUUUCAAAGAUGGGGAAACUGUGGGUGGAUUUCAGCUCUUACUGGUCUUAAUAAGAGUAUUCCUGUUGGCAUUAUGAUGAUAAUCAUAGCGGCACUUUUUACAGCAUCUGCUGUUAUCUCACUAGUUAUGUUUAAAAAGGUUCACGGUCUGUACCGCACGACUGGUGCUAGUUUUGAGAAAGCACAGCAGGAAUUUGCAACAGGAGUGAUGUCCAACAAAACUGUACAAACUGCUGCAGCCAAUGCCGCGUCAACAGCAGCAACCAGUGCAGCUCAAAACGCGUUCAAGGGUAACCGGCUGUAGGGAAAUACUAAAAGUCAUCAUGGUUCUCUUCAAUUGUGCUUUGUUUUCCAGUCACUUACUGUAUUCCCUAAGAGCCUAGAUCAAAAGUCACACAGCAUGUUUGUCUCUUCUGCAGCUGUGCAUGGGUAAAAUGGGAAAUGUUUGGUUUAUUUUGUUAUAAAUUUAUUUAUUUAAAAGAUAACCAUUCUUUGCCCUCUUUAAGAACUCACAUUCUCGAAUAUAAAGCCUUCCAUAUUUUAUGGAGAAUAAACAAUUUCAACAAUUGGCCUGAGUAUGAAUCAUGGUGUAUAAUGAUCAAAUAAACGUAUUAAGAAUUCGGAAUUUUUUUAGUCAUUAACUCUAAUGGUUUUUUUUAACUUCAGGAAAGCACUUUGGAUCAAUUGUUUUUCUUUCUAGGAACUGUUUUCCCUAUUUCUACUGUAAGAAGUGGGGUAGACUUAGAAAUGUAGACAGUUAGGUUUGGCUACUGCUUUUGCCAUUUCAACAGCUGCUGGAGGACGAAUGAAAGUAGGUAGAUAUUAUAAAUUUUUUUCUGGUUUGUUUUGGUUUUUUUUAGGAUGACUCUUUUGAUAUAAACCUGUAAGUUUGCAUGAAUACUGUUGAGUUAUCUGAUCUUGUUUAAAUAGUGUUUUGGUCCAGAAGUUACCUGCACCACUUUAUAAUUACAGCAUUUGUUUCUAUCUGUUUUCAUGGAAUAUUCUCUACCUGUGAGAAAUGACUUAUGGUGCAUAAACAUUCUCUGUAAUAGAAUGUGUAAUGCAGUGUACAGCUUAAGGAAGUUAAAUGAUGGUUUCAAUCACAAAGCUAAAUGAUUAUAUAUUUGCUAUUUUUAAUUUCAGUAUUCAAGUCUUGGGGUAAUAAUUUUGCUGGGAAAGAAACCAGUAUUGAUUUCAGAACACUAGUUUAUUGCACCCUUCCCUCUUUUAUGUGCAGUGGUAUUUUUAUUGUACUUGGUAUUUUGGGGGCAUUUUUGUUUUUGUUUUUUUUUUAAGUGUAGAUUUGUGUUUAACAGUGGUACUAAAUCGCUAGCCUGGUCACUCCGUUUACUGCUUGUCCAAAACCCAAAGUAUGCAGUAUUUAAUUUUCUAACAGGAACAUUGUCUAAACCCAAGCUUUUCAAGCAAUGACAUUUGACUAUAGAUACUCGAAUUUAUUUUAAUGGUAACUCAGCCAAUCUCUGCGAUAUAGUUUAAGCUGCGGAAAAAGAGCUUCUAAAUUAUUUUGAGUUGGAAAAGUGAGAAGUCUUCAUCUUUAACAAAGUUAAAUUUUAACUUGUUGAACUGGAGGCCUAAGAGGUUAAAUUUGUGCCAGAGAACUGAACAAUCCAGAACUGUACCCACCAUCAUAAGUUUCUAGAAUGUAAUCAGGUCUUACUAUAAUGUCAUUUAUAUCUCUUUUGAAGACUUAUUUGUAUUCUUGGAUUGCCUCAUGAAUCUUAUGCACAACACUUGCGCUGUUUUUUCAAACUCAGUCUUAUAAAAAAUGAAAACAGGAAGGACCACAUCCCUCAGCCUGUGUAGACUGUAGCUGAAAUUAAUUCAGCUCUUAAGGAGAAUCACCUUUAGUAAGACAGCAUAGAAUUCUGAGGCCCCUCCAUGCCUCACUGGGAUCUUUUCACUACAGUGUCCUGGUAACAACAGAAGAGCAUGACAGAAAGUAAAUCCCCUCGCUUAAUCCCAGGAUUGAUACUGUACUGUUAGCAUGAAGUCCCUAAUAUUCUCUUUUCUUUUAAUCCAACUUGAAUUUGGAUAAACAUUUUAGCUUCACCAAAGCUGAAGUAUAUUAAUGAAUAUACUUCCUUCUAGACAUUUUCUGCAUCAUGAAGUUAAAAGCAAUUUAAAUGUUCUGUGUAAUGGGGGCUUUAAAAUUUCAUCCUAGUGGACGUGCUAGCAUUGAACUUAAAAUUUGUGUGGAAUGUUACUAAAAGCUUUCCAGACAAAAGCCAGCAUUUUCUGCUGAAGACAGGCAUCAUCCUUCUAGCAUCAAGAGUGUUCUUUUCAUGAUCUUUUAAUUUAACUUGAGAGUUUUGUCUCGGAACUCUACUAUGGAUUACUUAUUAAUCUAAAUUUGCACAAUUCUCUUGGUAUUUCUUGGUUAGGAAUCCCGGGGACAUCAUCCUUGCAAUUCAAAUGAAGUUGAAGAAUGCAUAAUAAUAAACAUUACAAGAAUAUAUUAUGGAAAAAUAUAGGAAUAAAACUUAAAUUUGGAAGGUAUUUUCUUCCCAGAUGUUUAAAAGCUCUUUGACAAAACAAACUUUAAUGUUUUAUGUAUAGGGACCGUUGAUUUGUAAUGUCAUGGAUUGAAUGUAUGGUGUUAAAGCUGAGUGAAAUUCAGGGUUCAGUUACAUGUGAAUUGUUUAAACCAAAAACCUCUGACACCUUGCAGCCCAAAAGGGAGGGAGAAGCUUGAGUUUAGCUUUGACAGCAGGAGGUUCAUAUUUGUUAAAAUGUUUUGUACCUAAUGAAAACUAGAUUGUACAGUCAGAGUAUGGCGCCCACUGAAGUUGUCAUUUUGUAGUAUUGUGGCAAAUUGAGUACAAAGUAUGAAGUUCAAACACUGGAAUGUCAGUAGUCAUUGAUCUGUAAUUUAGGAGUUGGUUUUAUUUAUCUGAGGGAUGUUUGUAUAUUUUGUAAAUUACUAACAAUGCUCUGCCAUCCUGGUGAAUGUCAUGGUUCUGUACAAAUGCACUUCUGUCCCUCUGUUGCAUGUCUGAGUAGUUCAGAAGUUUUGUAUAUUUAUUGUAUUAACACAGUGUCAUAGAAUAAAAAAAGACUUUUUUUCCUGGAUGUUUGCUCUGU